CUCUUUGCAGCUGUUUGCAGACAAGGUCCCAAAGACAGCAGAAAACUUCCGUGCCCUGAGCACUGGUGAGAAGGGAUUUGGCUACAAGGGGUCCUGCUUCCACAGAAUCAUUCCUGGGUUCAUGUGCCAGGGUGGUGACUUCACGCGCCACAAUGGCACUGGCGGCAAAUCCAUCUAUGGGGAGAAGUUCCCUGAUGAGAACUUCAUCUUGAAGCACACGGGCCCUGGCAUCCUGUCUAUGGCCAAUGCCGGCCCCAACACGAACGGGUCCCAGUUCUUCAUCUGCACUGCCAAGACUGAAUGGUUGGAUGGCAAGCACGUUGUCUUUGGCCGUGUCAAGGAGGGGAUGAAUGUGGUGGAGGCUAUGGAGCGCUGUGGCUCCAAAGAUGGCAAAACAAGCAAGAAGAUCACCAUUACCGACUGCGGGCAGCUCUCGUAAACCCUCCUCUUAACGACUGACCAUUCCUUGGGCAGCCUGGGUGCUGUGCCCCGCUGCAGCUCGCCCCAUCCUACCCUACUCCUGAGUUACUGCUGCGUUUCUACUGGGUCUCAGCCCCAUGUGCAUGGUCCAGCCGGGCCACAGUUACCUUUAUGAGUCUAAAUAAAACGAGUUAAACCACA